AUGGGCAUAAACGGUAGCAAAGAAGAUAACGAUACGAAACGAAAGAAAGUAUGGAAGAAAAUUCCAAAAGAGGAUUUACUGGAAUUGGAAAGCAAAACAUAUUUUACUAAAAAGGAAUUACGAAAGUGGUACAAGGAUUUCAUGAAGGAUUAUCCCACUGGAGAAUUGAAAAUGAAUGAAUUCCAGAAUAUUUACAAACAAUUCUUCCCAAAUGGUGAUCCAACGAAAUUUGCUACAUUCGUGUUCAAUGUCUUCGACAGCAAUAAUGAUGGCUGCAUAUCAUUUCACGAAUUUAUCACAGCAUUAUCAAUAACAUCACGAGGUACACUCGAUGAAAAGUUAGACUGGGCUUUUUCAUUGUAUGAUGUGGAUAAAGAUGGUUAUAUAACGAAGGAAGAAAUGGGAGAUAUUGUUGAAGCAAUCCAUUCAAUGAUCGGUGAUAUACUUGAACUACCCAAGGAUGAAGAUACUCCAGAAAAACGAGUCGCCAAAAUUUUUUCUAAUAUGGAUCAUAAUCUUGAUGGUAAAUUAACGCUUGAAGAAUUCAGAGAAGGUUCUAAAAAUGAUCCAUGCAUUGUACAAGCUCUUACAACAGAUAUUCAUCGAUGAUGGAAGUGUACUUAGUAAUCAUAUUUGUGUUAAUGUAUUAUACACAUCCGCAG